CUGACUACCAAAGCAAAAAUUUCAGUACGUUCUCUGAUCUUUUUCGAGAGCGUAUUAAAACAUUUUUGAGCUAAAAAAGCGAACAAAAAAGCGAGAAUUUCCAUUUCAGAUCUACGCGUUCUUAAUUUGUAUUCUUAGAAUCAAAUUAGAACACGUUCCUACAGAAGUAAUCGUCUACAGAAGUGGUUGGUAUCAAAGGUAAUUACUAUCUCAAGUCAAUCGUAUAUUAUUGUUGUUUGCCUUUGUUUUUUUUUUCUUUCCUUUUCACUGUUUCAGCAUGAUACGAAUGCCCAAGUUCCGAAGAAACGAAGACGGGUUCCUGAUCCUAUCCUACAGCGACGAAGCCAACCAAGUCUUCAAGAAGAACAAGGAAAAGUCAUCGGAGAAAAUUAGUAAACCUCACGAAGAGGUCAGAAAACAAGCCAUUGAAGCUGUUAAAAAAAGAAAAGGUGAUGUCAAUAACGAUCUUGAUGUUCAGGGAGAGUACUUGGUCCAGUUUGGAGGAUAUCAAGGUCAAUCUUUCAUAUGGAUGCUUGAAAAUGUACUAUCAUAUGCUGGAUGGUUUGUAGACAACAUGCGCAAAGAGAAGCCUGGAAAAUCAAACCUUAGCCAAAACAAAUUUGCUUUCAAGACCUACGUUGAGUCCUUUAGAGAGGGUCGUGAGAUCGUAGCCAAAAAGAGAAGAGCACGCGAACAAAAAGAGAAGGAAGAGGAGUUAAAAGCAAAGGAAAAAGGACAAGUACCAACACCAACUGUCCCUAAAUCACUUCCUGCUAGUGCAACAACUGGACACCUAAGCACACACAGAGUUGCAGCAAAGUAUUCAUCAUCUGCUGUUGCAGCUGCAUCCAAGUUUAAACCAACAGUUCCACCACAGACCAGAUGCAGAAAGUCAGCCACAUGUACUUCUACUAGCACGAGUACAAUUACUACUGCAACAGUAUCAAGAGAUGACGAUCAAGAGAUUUUGGCUAUUGCUGAAAAAAUAGAGGAAAACUUAGUUCACAAACCACAACAACAGCCACAACCAGAGCCUGAAGAGUCAAUAGAGUCAACACAAGAGUUAACACCUGAGGAAGUACAACCAGCAAUCCCUGAACCGAUGUCUCAAUGUCCAGAAACACCACAGGUCCCAACAGCUCCAAUGGCACCAUCAGUCAGUGAAAUAGAUCCAGAUCAUCCCCUCCUACCAGAGGGCUGGAGAAAGACAUUGCCAAAGGCAGACCAUCUUUGGGUAUCUCAGGCUCUGUUCACCACUGAAAAGGGGAAAACAGUACUUGAUUGGAAUAGAGUUGACAAGCUAUGGUGGGAUCCCCCAAAGCCACCACUUAUCCCUGGUAGGCAACCAAGCCCUGAUCAGUACUUUGCCCAACGACUGCUUCUUUGGAUGCCCAGGAAACUGUGGAAGGUCACUUUAUACUGUCCCCAUUCAGGGUGUGAUAAAAAACCACUAAUCAGUGCUGGAAUCUACAAAACAGUUCGCCAAGUAGUAGACAUUGACUGCAACUACAACCUUGCUGCUGAAUACUUGGAAUGCAAAUCUUGUAAGAGAAAAGUUAUCAGUUGGAGUCCUGGUAUUGUAAGCCGGCUAGAUAUGGGCCAUCAACUUCUAUUUCCGGUACUGUUAACCUAUCAGUAUGCCUGUGAUGUCAGAGUGAUCAGACUAUUGAGGGAUAGAGGUCUUGGUAAUAGCUCCACACAGCUACAAAGGAAGCUCACUGAAGAACAUAGUGAAAACUACCUGCAGAGAUCAAGCUAUUACUUUACUGAGUGUGAACAUUUUGCAAAGCAGGUGAAGAGUCUUCUAACUGGACCAUUUACAUUCCAAGAGCCUCCACCCUUUGUACCUGUGCCURAGUACAAAUGGCUGCUGACCGUCUAUGCACAAGAUGUGAUGACUAGAAUAGACUACAUUAAAUCCUCCAUUACCUCCAUCUUUGGACACAUAUUGAAGAUGGAUUCAACAAAGAAAAUUGUAAAGAAGCUUGCUGGAAGCAGUGCUGACACUGCAGCAUGGGCCACCAAUAUUGGUAAUGAAAGGGGACAAGUGCUGAUGUCUGUGUUGACUGUCAACGAAGGAGCUGGAUUAGAAAACAUGGCAAAUGGGCUGAUGAGGCGCUAUUCUAUGGCUGGUGUUACACCUCCUGAAGUACUUUAUGUUGACAGAGACUGCUGUUCUGGGACCACUGUAAAGACUAAAGAGCUCUUUUCACUCUGGGAUAAAUUAAUCAUAAGGCUGGACAUCUGGAACUUCAUGAGACGCUUUGCAGCUGGAUGCACAACUGAAUCCCAUCCASUCUACGGUGCGUUCCUCAGCCGUCUCUCACAAUGUAUUUUCACGUGGAGUGAUGAAGACCUGGAACUGUUAAAAUCAGCUAAGAAGAGUCAGCUACAGCAAGAAGGUAUUGCAGACCCUUCAGAUGAAGCUGUCGUUKCAAAGAUCACACGACRAGAGCUUGCACUACAUUGUCGUAGGAAGACCCGUGGAAUAGUUCAGACUGCCACCAUGAUCUAUGACCUUCUGAUGACAUUCAGUGGUCCUCAGGGAUGUGACUCUGCUGGAGUUCCUCUUAUAGACAAUCAGCGAAUAUGGCAAAUAUGGGACACCCAGCAACGCCACAUUGAAUGCAUCCAAGAUCCUGCUGGUGUGCAGCUGUAUACUCAGACAGGAGUACUCAAAAAGGGAGAUGUCAUACUACCCACUUAUAGAUGUGCAAGGGGAUCAACAUCUCUAGAGUCAUUCCACCUGCACAUAAACAGAUUUGUCCCAGGAACCUUAGCUAGUGACAUGCACUUCCAAGCCUAUUUGCUAGAUGGUUUAUUGCGGUGGAAUGCUGAUCGGGCUACCAGUGCUGUGGCUGGUGGUACUACAGGACCUGAAUCCUACAGUGGAGCACUCAAGCAGGCUGUUAAUGAACAGAGCAUGAGAGUUAUAGGAAGAGAAAUAGCUCCCAGUGUACAGAAUGUUGGAAUCUACACUGGUGAAUGUAUUGGAGUAGAAUAUUUGUACAAUCAAACGGGUGAAGUCCUUAGGGAUAACACCAUAGACGAAGAUGUACAGCAGCCUGGAGUCGAACCCCUCUCAGAUGUGGAUCCUGACCAAAUUGAUGAAGGAUUUGAAGAUGCCAAUGAUGAGACCGUAUCAAGAGCAGAAGAGGUAUUCAUUGUGCCAACUGGCAGUGAUGAAGGAUCAGACAAGAAUAAUUCUGAUCAAGACUCUGCUGAGGACACGUCAAAUGAAUUAUCGUGUGAGGCAGAUGUCUCUGUCGGGCCUGAUCACAUUGAAGGAUACAGACAAGUUCAGGAUUUGGCAGAAUAUCUGGUUUCAUUGAGAGAGGGAAGUAUGGCCUUGUCGAAUACCCAAGCCAAAGAGAUUAUAAAAUUGUGGACCAAUCUUCAUGACUAUGACAAACGACCAACCACAUUUGCUCCACGACACCGUACACAGCUAACAAAGGGUAAAUUCAAAGCCCCAAAGAGACGAACUACAAAUAUCAUCCCAGGCCUAGAUAGCACUAAGAGAUGUUUUCUAGGCGCAAACUCUGGUCCAGCACUUUGCAACCGAUAUGUUGAGGCAGUUAUCUCCAGACUGUGUGAGCAAUACCCUGGACCUGAAAGAUCAAAAGGAGACUCUAAAGCACGAUGGACACUUGUUUGCAAAGCCUACAGGGAGGUUAAGGAGAGGAUUGUCAGCAAUGGUAAGGUGAUGAGGGAAACAGCCAUUCAGAUGCCAGAGGUCAACCAAACAACAGUCAGUCAGUGGUUCAUCAAGAGACAAAAAAAGACAGAGCAGGAAACAUUGAAGCAGGGAUUAAGACCACCUCCUCAUGCACCAUCUACAAGUCAGGAACUACCAGCAGCUGUUCCAUUGCCUCAAACUCUACCUSAGGUUACCUUCCCAUUGCCAUUCACCUUUGCCUUUCCRSAGAACACCACUGGAAAGGCUACUCUUAAAGGUUCUCGUCMACCUGUUGCAAUACAACCAAUGCCAGCCAAAACAGUUCAACCAGUCSCAAUACAACCAAGACCUGUCCAAGUAGCUAUUAAACCAGUACCUGCAACAAUAGUGCAUUCUGCUAUAGGCCCAGUUCCUAUCCAGCCAAAAGCUGUAGACACACAACCUGAAACAACAAUAUCUCGAAAAAGAAAUAGAAACCGAACUAGCAAAGAUCAKAAAUCACCCUAUGAAAAGACAUGUUCAUACUGUGGAAAGCCUAGAGAACCCACAACUCAUAGAAUGUAUUAUGGACAGUGGUACUGUAAAAACACUAUGAGUGAGGACUUUGAAAGCUGGAAAAGCCAUCAAAGCUCUAAAAGAAAGAAAACAGAAUAAACAAACAUUGCCGGGUGCUGGGCGGCAAUAACAAACCUGGCUCCCUCAGUUAUCAGUCAGAUUCUGAGGAAGGGUGGUGGUGUCCCUUGGUGGAGGAAAUGCCAUCAUAAAACCACAAAACUUCUAAUGCCGCCUAGAUUACAGUGAAAACACUCAAACAAUGAACACUUGACUUUACUUUAUUUUUUCAUUAAUUUUAUUUUUUUUUAUUUCUUUUUUAUUUUUCUUUUUUCUUUUUAUUUGUUCAUUGAUUGAGUGUCAACAUUGUAAUAGCUGKUAUUACAGUUAAUAUCAAAUGUUUUCCUUGAAGUCAUUUGCAAUUAACUGUAAUAACAGCUCUUGCUAGUAGGUCCCAAGCCCUAUAAAGUCAGAGGGGAAGUUUGUAUAAGUGAUGAUAUUAUUCUAUUAAAAGUCGCUAAA